UGGGGGUAGAGGAAUUAGAGUGAAGCGGGGAAUUGUAAUCACUAAUCAAUAAAGGGACGUUCUGUCGAUUAACUCCGAAAUAGACUCAAGCUAAAACGCAGAUGAAUUAGAAAUAGACUAAGACAAGUGUUUUUUUUUUUCAGAUGGAGAUGAGAGGCAAGAUUUCUAUAUUGGAAGAGACAUGGGAAAUAUAUUAUUAGCCCAUAAGUUAGACUAUGAACUACAAAAGGAAUAUAGUCUUAAUAUUAGUGUUACUGAUACUGUCAAUACAGUGUACACACAACUUAAUAUUACUGUUAUUGAUAUAAAUGAUCACAGGCCUGAAUUUUCGGAGCAGCUCUAUAAAGUGGAAAUUUCCGAAGCAGUCCCAGUAGAAACCGAAAUUUUCAAACUACGUGCCACCGACAAAGAUGCAAACGAUAAGCUGAUAUUCAGUUUUUACUCUGCCGAAAAUGUUCUUUCUUUGAAAACUUUUAAGCUGGAUUCUAUUACAGGAGUUAUUUCUCUAGCUGCUAAUUUGGACAGAGAAACUCUUAGCGAGCACAUUCUCACUGUCAUGGUACGAGAUUCCGGUACUCCAGCCAAGAAAAAUUUUGCCAGAGUUCACGUAAUCGUUCACGAUCACAACGAUAAUACUCCACAUUUUUCUGAUAAAAUUCUUGUUGGUAAAGUGUUUGAAACUGCUUCAGUUGGUAGCGUGGUUCUUAAAGCCUUGGCAGUGGAUCAUGAUAAAGGCGAAAACGCUAGAAUCACUUACUCGAUUAUGUCAGGAAAUGUUGGCAACGUGUUCAAUAUACAUCCAGAUCUUGGAACAAUAAGUAUAGCAAGAGAAUUGGACCUCACAAGUGCCUCAGAAUAUACUCUACAUAUUAGAGCUACAGAUCAUGGUCAACCUCCUUUAUGGUCUACAGUGCCAGCGCAUAUUUCCUUAACUAUGGCUGAUAAUGCGCCACCAAAAUUUGUAAAUAAAGAAAUAGCAGCCGAAAUCUACGAAGACCAACCGCUAGGCAGCUAUGUGGCACAUUUAGAUGUAAGAAGUACAUCGUCUCUACAAUUUGAAAUUCUAGAAGGCAAUAGUGACGGUAGUUUUAUUAUAAGCCCCAGUACCGGAGUGAUAACAACUCAAAAGUACUUGGAUUAUGAGACCAAUAAGUUCUACAAUUUAUCUGUGAUAGCCAUUAACAUGGCCUCUGUUUCGGCAACUUGCAACGUCAUUAUCCACAUUUUGGAUAAAAACGACAACGCUCCCCAGUUUCUGCAACUUCAAUACCACGGAGUUAUCAGUGAAGCGGCUCCAGUUUCAUCGUUGGUGCUGACCAACAGCAGCGAACCUUUAGUAAUCAAGGCUUUCGAUGCCGACAGCGAACGCAAUGCUCGUUUACAUUUUGACAUAAUCGAAAUACUGCCGAGAAGAUAUUUUCAGAUUGACCCUAGUACUGGUGCUAUUAGGACAAUAAGACUGUUGGAUUACGAAACGUUGUCUAGUUUUGAAUUUUAUGUACAGGUAUCAGAUUUGGGUAAACCUAAGCUGUUUUCCGACACUACAGCCAAAGUUGACAUAAAAGUAACUGACGUCAACGACUGUCCUCCAUUGUUUUCCAGUCCCUACUACAACGUCACUCUACUUCUACCCUCCUACAAGAAUGUAGCCGUUAUCCAAGUGAAUGCUUCUGAUCCUGACUCAUUAGAAGGAGAAUAUUUAAAGUAUGACAUUAUCGAAGGCAACAAGUUGGGUGCUUUCAAAAUCGACUCUCAAACCGGGGUGAUUACUCUACUAGAUCCAGAAAACCUCAAGCCGUCAGCAUCUUACAAACUUCAUGUCCGCGUAUCAGAUGGAAAAUUUUCCAACGUUGCCAAAGUCUAUAUUCGUGUAGACGAAUCUGACAAUAGCGGCCUGGUAUUCCAAAAAUCAUUCUAUGAAGGUAGUAUUGUAGAAAACUCUACAAAAAUCACUACGGUUUGCGUGGUAAAUGUCUUGGGUAGUGCCUUAAACGAGCAUAUAGAGUUCAAAAUUUUAAAUCCCACUGACAUGUUUGCUAUUGGGCCAACUUCAGGUGUUAUAAGGACUACUGGCGCAAAGUUCGAUAGAGAAAUAAAAGAAAAAUAUCAGUUAAUUGUGGAGGCGAGAAGUAACAUGCCUUACAGGGAUCGACCUAGAGUCACUCACGUUAUUGUUAACGUCACAGUAUUGGACAUCAACGAUAAUUGUCCAAUGUUUGUAAAUUUGCCAUAUUAUGCUGUAGUGUCUGUGGAUGACGAAAAAGGAUCUGUGAUAACAAAAGUCCACGCUAUAGACUUGGAUAGCUCUGAAAACGGUGAAGUAAGAUACGAACUUAUUAGAGGCCAUGGGGAGCUAUUCAAAGUCCAAAGAGAAUCGGGGGAUAUUGAAAUUAAACAAAACUUGGAAGGACAUAAUAGGGAGUAUGAGUUGCUAAUAGCUGCCUAUGAUAAAGGUAUUACUCCAUGUAGGACGGACGUGACAGUCCAUAUUAAGGUCAUAGACCGUUCAAUGCCGGUGUUCAAAAAACAAUUUUACACAGAAACGGUGCCAGAGAACGUCGAGUUGCACUCGCCAUUGUCCAUUUCCAUUGAGGCGGAAUCUCCAUUGUCCAGAAAGCUUAUUUAUAGCAUCGUGCGCGGUAACGAGCUGGAAGAAUUUGCCCUGGAUUUCAAUACUGCUCCAGACAGUAACAAUGGGCCUUGUGUAAUAUCUGUGGUAGAUGAACUAGACUUUGAACAAACUCCUCAAUAUGAGCUACUUAUUAGAGCCACAGAUUCAGUUUCUGGUGUCUACGCUGAAGUUCCAGUAUCGAUAAUUCUUUCUGAUGUAAACGAUUGCCCACCAGAAUUCUCUCAAGAAUCCUAUAACAUUUCAAUAUCAGAAGCUGCUCAAUUCGGCACCCAUGUACUUACAGUUUCAGCUCACGACAAUGAUACAGGCACCAAUCAAAAAAUAUUUUAUUCAAUAGAGAAAGACAAAAACAAUAAUGCUUCAGAAUAUUUUUAUAUUGAAGAAAGAGAAGGCAAGAUUUAUUUGAAGCAAAGCUUGGACCAUGAAAUGUCUAGCGAACAUCAUUUCGUUGUUGUAGCUACUGACCAAGGAGUACCAAGUUUGAAUAGUACCGCACAUGUAUGGGUUAGAGUUUUGGAUAUGAACGAUAAUCCACCAAAAUUCGAACAAGCUUCUUAUUCGUGUGGAGUAUCAGUGUCAGCUAAAAGAGACCAAUUUGUCACCAUAGUAAAAGCUAGUGAUCUUGAUACUAUAGACCAAAAUAAUCUUAAAUAUACCAUAGUGAGUGGAAAUGAACAGCAAACAUUUUCCAUGGAUUCUAGCACAGGAAUUGUAUCUUUAGUAAAUCUAGCAAACUUUGGCAACCAACAAAUGAUGCUAUUAAAUGUCUCGGUUAGCGAUGGAGUAUACACGAACUUUGCCAGGCUCAAAGUUGAACUAAUUCCAGCCAAUUUGUAUCCGCCUAAGUUCAAAGAUGUUAUAUUAGACGUAGCAGUGCCAGAAAACCGAAUGCCAGGGAUUACGGUUACAUUCGUAAAUGCUACAGAUUCAGAUUUUGGAGAAUUUGGAACGAUUAGUUACAGUAUACAUUCGGAUUUGAUGGGCGAAAUUUUUAGUAUUGAUAAAAAUAGUGGAAAAAUUGUGACGAGGGCAACUUUGGACAGAGAGAAGCAAAAACAAUACGAAAUCCCAGUGAUGGCAACAGAUGGCGGUGGUUUAAGUGACUUUUUAACAGUCAGAGUUAGAGUGUCAGAUGAAAACGAUAACGCUCCAAGAUUCUUAUUGAAAGAGUACAAAAUUAGCAUUCCUUCCAAUUUGACUACUGGUAUAGCGUUUACAAAAAUUAAAGCCACUGAUGCUGACGAAGGCCCAGGUGCCCAAUUGGAAUAUUCAAUCUACGAAAGAAAAUCAUCUGAAGUUGCUGGAAUAUUCGGCAUCAAUCCCGCCACAGGAGAAUUGUAUCUGCUCCGUAACGUUUUCACAUGGGUUGGUGAAGUGUUCCAAUUCUUCGUGCGCGCCACAGACAAAGGCAAAUCGGAAAAACACAGCGAAGUGCCUGUAAAUAUCCUCAUUAUGGGCCCAACUGACUAUCCACCAGCUUUCGAAAGAAAAGACAGCAAAUUUUUCUUAUCAGAAAACUCAGCCACUGGAACUGUAAUAACCAAAUUGAAAAUUCUAGGAAAUGCUUCUGUUAACUAUGAAAUUGUAUCAGAGUCUGAUGACAAUCCUCAAUUCAGCAUAGACUCUCAAGGCCAAGUUGCUUUAGCUCGGCCUUUAAAUUUCGAAAGUCAACCUACACAUUUAAUAGGCGUUUUGGCCUUAACAGAUAGCAGUCCACCUUUGACAGCUUUGGCAGAAAUUGUUUUGCAAGUGCAAGACGAAAAUGAUCAUGCGCCACAGUUUGAAAGCGGCACUUAUAUGUUGAAUUUGGGUGAAAAUGUUAAAGAGGGUACUUCAAUUUUGAAAGUUAUCGCCCAUGAUGAAGAUCAAGGCAGCAAUGGUGAAGUUCGCUACAGUUUUACACCAGAAAACUCAGAAAUUGUAAAUUAUUUUGCUAUAGACACUCAUACUGGUUGGAUUAGUAGUCUAGUUAAGCUAGAUAAGGAAACUAGAUCAGAGUAUAAAUUCUACGUUACUGCAACUGAUAAUGGGACACCUAAACAUUCUGCUAGAACAACAGUUAUCAUUAAAUUAAAAGACUACAAUGACAGCCCUACAACAUUCAAAGAGCCAUUCUAUCAAACCGAAGUAAACGAAGAUGCUUUGCCUGGCACAGUUUUGCUAACUUUAACCACUACAGACGCGGACGUUGAUUUAUCUACUCCAGUGGAAUUUUAUAUUACUGCAGGCGAUCCUAGUUCGCAAUUUCAAAUAAGACAAACCGGGGAAUUGUAUAUUGCCAAAAGUCUCGACAGAGAAAAGGUGGCUAGUUAUAAUUUGGAUAUUUUAGUUACUGAUGGAUUUUUUACUGACACUACUAAAGUUGCUGUAAAUGUAUUGGAUAUAAAUGACAAUCCACCUUAUUGCCUCAAAUACCGUUACAAACAAGUCCUGUCAGAAGGUAUUUUGCCUGGAUCAUUUGUCCUUUCGGUACUGGCAACCGAUAUUGACGGUCCCGAACAUUCAAAACUCAAAUACGUUUUAUCUGGCGACGGUUCUGAAAACUUCCUUCUCGACAAAGACACUGGCGAUUUGAAAACAAUCAUGCACCUAGACAGAGAAACCCAAUCGAAAUACAUUCUUACAGCUCACGUGCACGACAAAGAACAAACGCGUUGGGAAUGUUCGUCACAAAUAGAACUAAUAAUUUCUGAUUUGAAUGAUAAUUCUCCAGUGUUUAGUUUGCCUAAUUACUCGGUAGCCCUGCCGGAAGAUGUUGAGAUUGGCACGUUGGUAACAAAAAUCCACGCCACUGAUGCUGAUAUAGGAAUCAAUAGAAAAAUCAAAUAUUCGUUUAUCGAUUCGUUUAAUGAUCAUUUUGUUAUGGCACAUGACAGUGGGAUUGUAACUUUGGCUAAGCCUUUGGAUAGAGAAAUAAGAGCUAUGUAUAAUUUAACAGUUCAGGCAGUGGAUCAAGGGACUCCUCAGUUAUCUACCAUAGCGUGUUUGAUAGUCAACGUGCAAGAUAUUAAUGAUAAUCCGCCAGAGUUUGCUAAUAAGUAUUAUUUUGCUACUGUACCGGAAAUUGAUGCUGUUGGUACUGAAGUUGUUCGUGUACAAGCAACUUCCAAAGAUAUUGGCGCCAAUGCCGAAGUCUACUACUCAAUAAUAGGAGGAAACGAACACAAAAAGUUCACCAUAAACAAUAAAACCGGAGUCAUCACUAUUGCGGACAUGUUGGACUUUGAAAGAGCUAAAGAUUACUUUUUGACUAUUCAAGCAAUCGAUGGCGGGACACCUCCUUUGAGUAAUGUAGCUACAGUAAAUAUAACCGUAACAGAUUGCAACGAUAAUGCACCAGUUUUCGCCCAAGUUUCCUAUAGCGCUAGAAUUAGAGAAGAUGCUCAUGUAGAUGAUAAAAUAUUGCAGAUAACUGCCACUGAUCUUGACAGCAACGAAAACGGACAAAUAACCUACUCAAUAAUCAACGGCGAUAACUUGGACCAAUUCACAAUAGAUCCCAAAUCUGGAUAUGUUUCAGUUGCUUCGCCACUAGACAGAGAAGCUAUAUCCAGCUACGUAUUGGAAAUUCUAGCUAAAGACAAUGGACUUCCAGUUUUGUCCAGGCAAACCAUGUUAAAUAUAGAAAUAUCCGAUGCCAACGAUAAUCCUCCAAUGUUUUCACAAUUAAACUAUACUGCAGUUAUACAGGAGAAUAAACCUCUAGGACACUCGAUUCUUCAAUUUAAAAUCACAGACGACGAUAUCCAUCCAAAUACAGUGCCCUAUACUUUUGACAUACGAGUUGGCAAUGAAGGAAAUUACUUCAGGCUGGAUCAAGAUGGUGUUUUGAGGACAUCCUCAAAGUUCAAUCAUAAAGUUAGAAACAAUUAUUUGUUGCAAAUUAGAGUUUUCGAUAACGGAAGUCCACCUCUGUAUUCUGACACUUGGGUUUUGGUUAAGAUAAUUGAAGAGUCUCAGUAUCCACCAAUAAUGACUCCGCUGGAUAUUAACAUAAAUUCUUAUCUUGACGAAUAUCCUGGAGGGAUCAUUGGAAAAGUUUACGCCAACGAUCAAGACCAAUAUGACACUCUCACUUACGCUUUAUAUCCUACAGCAGGAAUUUCUUAUCCUACUCAUGAACUUUUCCAGAUUAACAGGACUGAUGGGACUCUACGAGCUUUGCCUCGUCUAGAUGUAGGUGAAUAUCGUCUAAACGUCUCAGUAACUGAUGGAAAGUUUUCCACCUACACAAUAGUCAAAAUCAAUGUGGAAAUUUUAUCAGACGUAAUGCUUGAAAAUUCUGUAGGAGUCCGUUUUAGAGAUGUCAGUCCAAAAGCCUUCAUUAUGACUCACAAAAAAGGAUUUGUAAGAGCCGUAAGGAACGCCAUGAAUUGUAGACUAAAAGACAUAGUCAUCAUAAGCAUCCAACCAUCUAACGACGAAGAUUUACUAAGAGCCAAACGUCAAAGUCAACCAAAAUCCAGACCAAAAAAAUACAUCCACAAAGACCUAGACGUACUUUUCACAGUAAAAAAGCCCGAUGAAGGUUACUUCUCUUCUGACACUAUAAGAAAAUCUCUAAACGAUAACUUGGAAGAAUUAGAAGAAAGCACCAAACUAGUAGUCGAAGAAAUCAUCAGACCAAAAUGCAACAACAACUAUUGCGUCCACGGAAUGUGUCAAGAUCAUUUUGCCUUGGACACAGCUACAAUUGAAGUUGUAUCCACUGAUGUAACAAGCUUCGUAUCCCCAGUACAUAGACAAAAACUGGACUGCGUGUGCAAAGAAGGUUACGGAGGCGACAGGUGCAACACCAUAGUCAACGAAUGCGCCAGAGAACCAUGUCCGGUUUUCAAAAUCUGCGUUCCGGAUGCUUCGCAAACGGGCUACUCUUGCCAGUGUCCGGAAGGAUUUGCCGGAUCAGCUUGCGAUGUAGACAUAUCCAAAUGCCACGAUCAAAAUUGUUACAUUGCCAGGAAUCCUAUAUCUUUUAGCGGCAAGAGUUAUUCCCAAUAUAGGAUUAUUAAUAAGAAAUCGAUUGAGGAUCAGCUGAGUUUGAGUUUGAGAGUGCGGACUGUGCAGCCAACUGGUAACUUGAUGUAUGCCUCUGGAAAAGUUGACUAUAAUAUCUUGGAAAUUGUCAACGGAGGUGUUCAGUAUCGUUUCGAACUCGGUAGUGGGGAAGGUAUAGUACGAGUGGGCGAUAUUUUUGUGUCUGAUGGUAGUUGGCACGAAAUCAAACUGGAAAGGGACAGAAACAAUGCUAAAAUCACUAUAGACGGUAUUUAUAGUGCUCAAGGAUCCGCCCCAGGAGUCAGCGACAUUUUAAAUCUUCAAAGCGAUGAAAUGUAUUUGGGGGCUGAGGUGCAUCAACAUCCAUCAAUUUUGGGCUUCGAGGAUGUCCAAAAAGGAUUUUCUGGAUGUAUGGAUGAUAUUAGAAUUAGUAGGGUCUCAGUGCCAUUACACACAAAAUCAGGUGAAAACUCUGUGGUGGUUCUUAAAAGGUUUGCAAAUGUGGAAUUCAGUUGCGAUACAAACAACAUAUUGGUACCGCCAGGUCCUUGUGGAUCUCAGCCGUGCUUGAAUGGUGGUACUUGUAGGGAAAACAAAGCAGGAUUUGAAUGUGAAUGCCACAACCGAUACGCUGGUACUCUCUGUGAUCUGGAUACCGAUCCUUGUGCAUCAGCACCAUGUUUAUACGGAGGCAAAUGUACUCCAACAAUAGCCGGAGACUUCGUUUGCGAAUGUGUAUUAAGAUUGAGUGGAAAAAGAUGUGAAUAUGGACGAUAUUGUUCUCCAAAUCCUUGUAAGCAUAAUGGAGUGUGUGAGGAAGGAGACGAUGGACCUUUAUGUAAAUGCAGGUCAUUUGAUGGUGAAUUUUGUGAAUACGACCUCAACGAAUGCGAAUCGAACCCAUGUCAAAAUGGUGCCACUUGUAUAAAUGAAAUAGGUUCUUUCCAUUGCAACUGCCCACCAAACGUUACAGGAACUUACUGCGCAAACUCUAUUUUUAACUCGCCAAUAUCUUCAACUUUCUUUUUAAACAUCACAUGGAAUCAAUUAAUGUAUAUUGGAGUCUGUUGUGUGGCAAUUAUGGUGCUUACCAUCAUUAUUUGCUCAAUUUGUUGCUGUAGGAUGAGAAAAGCCAAAAAGCGACGUAGCAGGAUGGUGAACAAUGAAAACAUUAAAGAUAACAACGUCCUAAAUUCGACUCAUCACAGAGCUCAUGAACUUUCGGAACUGAAACGAGGCUCCAAACUAAGCAAUUUAGAGGUCAACCAUAGGGACAUUCCAAUAUGCCCUCCGAGGCCCGUAAGUUAUACCCCCAGUUCCCAAAAUGAAGAUUUUUCAGGUAUUUACAACUGUAACAACGCAACUAUGAUGCUCAAUAAUCUGGACACAUUGAGAAGUUACGGCUCAGCAGGCGAUGAACUCGAAAAUGUACCACCAGAUUAUGUCAAAAAUCUCAACAGAAGUGCCCCGCAGGGUUGCAUAAGUAACCAUUGCGAUUCUGAAAAGACCAAAUGGGCAGAACAAAUGCAUUUGGCUUCUAGUUUCAAUGAUAAAAGAAUAAAGAAUGUUACAAGCCCUGUUAACUGUGACCCACCCAACCGAUUAUAUGGAGGACGAAGCAACACUGUUGCAGCAAAUAGUAACUUGAGACCUCCUGGUACUAACUUGAGUGAAGAAGACCAAAGAAACGUUGGAAGUUAUCACUGGGACUGUUCUGAUUGGGCCAGACACUCUCAAACCUUACCCAACAUCACCGAAGUACCUGGCUCAGAAAUACCCGAUUCGUCCAGUUUUCACAGCAAUGAAAGUAACGAAUCACGGUGCGCCAAUCACGUGCCUCAUUCGUAUCCCCACCAUCGAAAUAAUGCAGGCGUUACACCUCUAAACGAAGUUGACGCUGAAUCGGAAUCGGAAUCGAAUCGGGAUCAUACGACACUGAACUCGCUCAGUGGUGAUGGUAGCAGCGAACACGACUAUAGAUUUGCCACAGUGCCUUUGAUUAUUGUUAAACCAACCGAUAGCUAUAUUCGUCACCCCAACUCCUACCUUCCCCCGCAUAGCUAUAAUAUUCCUAGCGAAGCCGAAGCCGAAUCUCUCCAAAGUCCGGGUUCCGACGACGUGGAACCUUACGGCUUCCCUAGCAAUCGCAAUAGAAGGAAACAUAUGGAUGACGAUAUGGCUAGUGUUAUUACAACUUUAGAAGAACGUCAUUCCCUUCUAGGCGGUUGCUACGGAAGCAAUAGCGACCUAUCGACGAAUCUCUGCGAAAUCGAAGAUUCCGAAUGCGAAACCGAACACAAACCCCUCAACUAUAUGUCGAACAGGGUGCACCAGACGGACGUUUGACAGUACGCCACCGAGCCCAAGAAGAAAAAGGUGCGUUUCUUGGGAUAGCACGACGUCAUUAUCAUCGAACAGGAUGACGGCAACUAAAACCUCGUAGUUUUUUCGAUAAUAAUGUGAUAAAUAUUGGUUUGAGGAGGACAAAACUGAAAUCGUUCCUGUAAUUUUUAGCUUUUGAAUUUUUGGCAGCUAGGUUUAAAAACUAAUUUUAGUUAUUUAACUUUCGAUAAACGUGAUAUGAAGUGGAGGGUGACCGGUGUACACACUUACUACUUAAUUAAAAAAAAUAAAAUAAUUAUUGCCUGUUAACGAAUCAAUAACCGAACACUUUUUCUAUAUACAUAAAUCAAAUUCGAAUUGUGUAAAAAAUAGUAGAGGAAAUUGAGAAGCAAAUUUCAGUUUCACAAAAAUAUGCUUCUCGGUUUAAAUAUUAAUAAAUCGAUAUCGUUGUGUUAAAAGUUUUUAUAUUGAAAAAUAUUUUCCAAAAACAAAAAAUCAAUCGUAUGUGUAUUAUCAAAAAAAAAAUGAGUUGAAAUUUUAUCAUAGCGUUUGCAUAUCAGGGACCUGUCCGGACCAAAAACUUCAAUUCUGCUUUUUUAGUUUGAAGAAUCAUUAUUGCUGUUUUGUUCAAAUAAAUAAUUUUCGAUCCCGAUCCAAAAAGAACCAAUCGUUGUCUGUAGAUAGUAAGUUUAUAAAUAAUAUCGUCCGGAUUGGUCCUCCGCCUUUUACCUACUUGUAAAAAAUAAACAAAUCUUAAAAUUAUCUAUUUUUGUAACAAUUAGUUAAUAAUAGUUUUUGAUGUAUGAUUUUUAUCUGAUGCAUUUAGAUUUUUUUUUUUUUUGUAUAGACUGAAACCUUGUUUGAAGUUGGAUUCCAAAAAUAGUUACUCCAAACAUCAAACUACUGUUCUACAUUUAAUAAUUUUAGUUUGAAUGGUUGUUCGUUGACAAAAUCAAUUCCCAAAAUAAUUUCCUAUAAUUAUUAUUAUUUUAUUUAGUUUUAGAACUUAAUGUUAGGGUUGAAAAUGUGCCUAUACACAAACCAUGACGACUGCGCAGAUUCCGUAAACUGUGUCAGCUCAGUUUUGGAUCCUUAUUGUAAAUGUUAAGCAUAGACUACUUAAGUAAAGUUUAAGUAAUUUUUUAACCGCUUUUUUUUUCUAGCUUUUGUAAAUUUUUACAACUUAUUUUCAUUUGGUAUUUAUUUUUUCGUUUUGUUUUUCUUUGUUUGUGUUGUUUGGUAGCUACAAAAACCAUUUUGUAUUUAUAAUUUGUAAUGAUAGGAAAAAUAUCUCCAUAUGGAUCAAUUUAUUUUUACUUUCUUUAAUAACUAGUUUUUAACACAUUUUAAUAUUUAGUAAAGUAAGUAAAAAGAAAAACUGAAUAAAUAAAAAAUUUUAGAUGUAAUUUUUUUAUAAUAAACAUGAAAAAUUAAGUCUGGAAGUUUUAUUUGAUUUGAUUCUAUUCCGGACAAAAAAAAUUGAAAAAAAAAAACAGGGAAAUCGUUUCGUCCAUAUUUUUAGACCCCUCUCACCCACUAAUGUUUCGAUAAUUUAUGUUUAUUAGAAAGAGAUAGAUGUAGCUCCAGAAAUAAUCUUGAAAUGUUUACGAAAAAACAGGAUCGGAUUUUGUAAAAUUACAAAUUUCUGCCAUAGUCACAAGGAAUAUUUUGCCAUAAUGCAUGCCCUUAGCAUGUUGCUGUUGGGAGCGUGGGACCCCCCCCCCCCCCCCCAAUGUUACGAGAUUUUUGUCUGACAAAUCGUUAAUAUAACAUAAAAAACAGUCGAUUGGAAUUAAAACUACAAAAUACACGUACCUACAUGUAUCACUGUUCUCAGGGACGUCAGAAUGACAACUUCCCGAAGAGCUAGUGCGACAAUCAGUGGCAUAAAUAAGAUGAAGUAUAAGCUCAGACUCAAAGUAUACACCGCACAAAAAUUAUCGCAUCUAUAAAAGCAGAAAACACAGAAAUUAACAGCAUAAUUGCAAAGUGGAAUGUAUGCCUAUCC